CUAACUGAAAUAUUGCCUUCUGCUACAACCCUCCGAGUUGAGGCUCACGACUCCCUCAAUUCUCUUCACCACCCCCGCCUCUAUCCCUAUCCUGAACCCAUCCUGCCGUCCUCUCCUGAACCUGGCUCCCUGUUACCCCUCCCCACCAUGACUUCUCCCGCCUCCACCCCCGGCGACGACUUCGACUCCGACAGUCCCUUUGGCUCCCCCUCGCCCUCGUCGCCCCCGGUGUUGGACGAUGCUGCCGCUACCUCGCCUCCGGCCUCGUCUCUCUCGCCCUCCCGACCCCCCGCGCGAUCCAUAUCCACUUCGGGUACCCCUUCCAUGACUACUUCGUCAACACCACUGGGUAAUAUCAAUGCCGCGAGAAAUCCACGUCCGAACCCAUCCACCAUCUCCAGUCGCGGCAGCGGCCUCAAUGUCUCGCAAGACAUCUUGGCGAGAAUACAAGCCGUGACUCUCAGAAGUCAGGGUCCUGCCCCUCCAGGCCGCCAGAAUGUCAUGUCUCCAGGCGCGGGCCCUGGCCCCGCCUCCCCAGGUCCUGCCAUGGCGAAUCCUGGUGGCGUCCCCGCAAACUUUCGGCUGCCUCCAAAGCCAGCCAUGCCCAGCUUCCAGUCUGCGCCUGCCGUACCUGGCGCGGCCCCCUCAAUCGCCCAGAAGCGCGCCAUGAGGGGGAUUCCUGGAGGUUUGGGCGGCGCACCAUCGGGCCCGAAGAAGAGGCCGGGUCUCACGCUUUCGCAAAUGAACGGAGGUUCCGCGAACCAAGAACCACCGAAGCAAGAGACUAUGAUGGAUAAAUAUGCCGAAUUCAUUGACGCAAAAACGGGCACGUUGAAAUUCAAAGGCAAAGCAGUCCUCAACUCGGACGGAGUGCAAUUCGCAAACGGCAUGUCGUUCAACAUCUCGCUGGACGAGGUGGACACACUGGACGAACUUGGCAAGGGAAAUUACGGAACCGUGUACAAGGUCAGGCACAGCCGCCCGCGCAUGAGGAAGCCUGGCCAAGGUUUGGCUGGCAACAAAGCAGCUCCUGGCUCGCCAUCUCGCAAAACCUUUGAAGGUGAAGAAUCAAGUCCCACGACAGCGAAAACUACAGGAGCGGGAACAGGCAUUGUCAUGGCUAUGAAGGAGAUGCGAUUGGAGCUCGAAGAUGCCAAAUUCGCUACAAUCAUCAUGGAGCUGGAUGUUCUCCACCGUUGCACCUCCCCUUAUAUCGUCGACUUUUACGGUGCCUUUUUCCAGGAGGGUGCUGUGUAUAUCUGCAUGGAAUUCAUGGACGGCGGCUCAAUAGACAAGUUGUACCAUGAGGGCAUUCCCGAAAAUGUCCUGCGGAAAAUCACCCUGGCUACAACUAUAGGUCUGAAGUCUCUCAAAGACGAACACAACAUCAUCCACCGAGACGUAAAGCCCACCAACAUCCUAGUUAACACAAAAGGCCAGAUCAAGAUAUGCGAUUUUGGUGUUAGUGGUAACCUCGUCGCCAGUAUUGCGAAAACGAACAUUGGCUGCCAGAGUUACAUGGCGCCGGAGCGGAUAUCCUCGGGUGGAAUAGCACAGGCCGGUGCGAAUCCCGGAGGUGGCACGUACAGUGUGCAGAGUGACAUAUGGAGUUUGGGUCUCACUAUUAUUGAAUGCGCGCUGGGUCGGUACCCAUACCCACCUGAGACGUACAAUAACAUCUUCAGUCAACUCAGCGCCAUUGUGGACGGCGAACCACCCGAUCUACCCCAAGAAGGCUACUCAGAUACCGCUCGGAACUUCGUCAGCGGCUGCUUAAACAAAAUUCCCAAUCUCCGCCCCACAUAUGCCAUGCUUCUCCAACACGCAUGGCUCGCUCCAUUAGUAAAACCAGAAACUAUCACAGAGGAAGACGAGGACGACGUGGAAGCAGCCGUGGCGGCCCCAAGUGGUUCCGAUGCUGCCAGCCCCAGAGGCUCUCCUCAGCCAGUCGAAGCAGUGGUAGAUGAAGAAGUCGCAGAGUGGGUGAAUAGCGUGCUUGAGAAGAAGCGGAACGGGACAUUAGGAAAGGCCGCCCAGAAACCAGCUCUCCACGCCGCGCCUCUGGACGCGGUAUCCAGUCCGCCGCUCAACGGUGAAAGUAAACUCGAGCUCGAGGCAGCCGCCUAA